AUGCCGAAAAAAGAACCAAUUCACGGCUUAUUUGCCGUUAACAAACCUAGUGGAAAAGCAAUUAGGCAAGUUUUACAACAUAUAAAUCAUACAUUCCGUUUGCAUGCUGAAAGAACUCGACCAGAAAUGACGAGAAGACAAGUAGUAUCAUUAGGUACUUGUUUGACUCAAACAAAAUAUUGGAGUUCGGGUGUAUGUGUUGUCGGUGUAAAUCAGGGUUGUAGACACUUGAAAUCUCAAGAAAAAAUGAAUGAGAGAUAUCAUGCAACAGGACUAUUGGGUUUCUCUACUAGCACCAAAGAUCUUGUUGGUAAUGUAGUUGAUACUGCAUCAACAUCACAUAUAACACAAACACAACCAAUUGUUAAGCCACCAUUUUUUAAAGAUUUCGCUUUGUUAUCAAAACGACAACAAAAAAAAAUUCUACACCAAAAAUACAAAACACCUCCAUCCACACCAACAUCUCCAAGAGUUGAAGUGCAAAGUCAAAAAAUUAUCCAUUCAGUGGAAUUAUUGGAAUUUACAAAAGUACAUAAAUACAAACCACCGAUUCUAAUUAACACUUUGAAGCCUUCGGACGCACUGAAUCCUGAAUUUGACCAUUUUCAAACAUCUGAAAUGUUAGAAAUGGAGAUGUCAAAUACAUCGGAAUUUCCAGAUGAACAAACACCUAUUAACACUCCACUAAGUAAUCUAAUUAAUUUAUUAGGUAAAUCAGAUCAUCAUCCGAUUUUUAAAAUUAAUGUUGAAUGUAGCUCGGAUGCGCCAAUUGGUCGCUUAAUUGACGAAAUUGGACAUAGAUUGGGUAGCGUGGCAUUUUUAACAGAACUAGAAAGAGUCAGACAAGGAGAUUUUGAAUUGCAUAAGGAUACACUUGAGUGGGAAGAAUUAGAAAGAUUUGAUAAUAUUUACGAUGCUCUGAAUGAUUGGAUUAGGAAAGUUAGAAAUAAAGGAUAUGAAUGA